UACUUUGAAGUACUAUCGAUCCCCUUAUUAAUUGUUCUAUAUAUUUAUAUGUAAACCACCUUAUAUAACUUCCACUUUUCUAACGUCUCUUUGGCCAAAUUAUUAUAAUAACUAACGGCCUCUAUAUAUCUUGGUACUACUACUAUACUAUAUAUACGUGUAUUAUCGCACAUAUAUAUUGUGAUCAUAUAUCAUAUCAUGAAUCAUCACGGCAGAAACGAUCAGGGUAGUACAUUAAACGACAUGGAAAAUGGCAUUGUGAGUAGUUAUGAAGACGAUCACCACCAAAAUAUUAUUAAUGGUAAUAAUAAUAAUAAGGGAGAAUCUUACGGAUUAUUAGGAGGGAAGAGUGGUUGUCGUUCGCCGCAAAACAUGUCGUCGUCUUUACUGCGAAAGAAAUCAGACCCCAUAUUAGUGUCCCACGUUCGGUUCCAAAUGCUUAGAGCCUUUCUCACAAACUUGCAGGAGGUUAUUCUUGGAACCAAACUCGCUGUUCUCUUCCCAGCCGUUCCUCUUGCUGUCGCAGCCGAUUUUUAUCACUUCGGUAGACCAUGGAUUUUCGCUUUGAGUUUGCUUGGACUCACUCCGCUUGCCGAACGAGUCAGCUUCCUGACUGAACAAAUUGCUUACUUCACCGGGCCAACAGUUGGGGGGUUACUUAACGCAACAUGUGGCAAUGCAACAGAGUUAAUAAUAGCAUUAUUUGCUCUUCAACAAAAGAAAAUAGAUGUAGUGAAGUACUCACUUCUGGGUUCCAUUAUUUCAAACCUCCUCCUAGUUCUUGGUACCUCUCUUCUAUGCGGAGGCUUGGCUAACCUGAAAAAGGAACAAAGAUAUGAUAGAAAACAGGCAGAUGUAAACUCACUUCUUCUGCUACUGGGAUUGCUAUGCCACAUACUGCCAUUGAUGUUCAAAUAUGCAGCAGCGCCGGGGAUUUAUGUUGGAAACUAUACGCUUCAGUUGUCUAGAGCAAGUAGCAUUUUUAUGCUUUUGGCCUAUAUGUCCUAUAUCUUCUUCCAGUUAAAAACACACCGUCAGUUGUUUGACGCACAAGAGGUUGAAGAAGAGGAAGAAAAGGCAGUAAUAGGAUUUUGGAGUGCAUUUAGUUGGUUGGUUGGUAUGACAGUUAUCAUAGCCGUGUUAUCUGAAUAUGUUGUGGGUACUAUUGAGGCUGCAUCAAAUUCCUGGGGCAUCUCUGUUAGCUUUAUCAGUAUCAUUUUGCUACCCAUUGUUGGAAAUGCAGCAGAACACGCUGGCUCAAUCAUUUUUGCUCUGAAAAACAAGUUGGAUAUAUCUUUAGGUGUUGCUUUGGGGUCUGCAACUCAAAUUUCUAUGUUUGUGGUUCCUUUGAGUGUGAUUGUUGCUUGGAUUAUGGACAUUCGUAUGGACCUUGAUUUCAACAUACUCGAAACUAGCUCUCUAGCAUUUACAAUAAUCAUAACAGCUUUCACUUUACAGGAUGGAACUUCACAUUACAUGAAAGGAGUUAUUCUCUUCCUAUGCUACAUAAUCAUUGCUGCAUGCUUUUUUGUUCAGAAAACUCCCUUGAACAAUGCAGCAUUAUUCAACUUUGGACCAGAGCUUACACCAUCCUCCUCUGGAGUCUUGACUGCUUGACCCUAUGCUAUAUGUGCACAAAGGGAAUAAUAUUAUUCCCAAAUAAAACAGAACAUUACUGCUGCAAACCAAGUUCUAUUUCUUAUUUAAUUCAACCAUUUUCCAAAGAAAAAGUUGUUCACUUUUAAUUUUGUGCUCUCAAAAUUAUUCCUACCCCAAAAGAGGCCUGAGUACCAAAAUCAUGUUCGAUAAAUAUGUAACUUUAAGGUGGGAGCAUUGCAACAGAGCAAAGAAUUUUAUCAACUCGGAGGGAAAAAGAAGUGUGCAUACACAAACUGGCAAACCCUUCUCUUUUCUUAUUUAUUUAUAUAUGCAUGUACCCUAAUAAGGUUUUGUUAUUCAAGAAAUUUUCCCUCCAUUCAAUCCAUAUUCCUUUCACUUGUAAUUUAAUUUAAUAAGUCAAUGUGUUGAUGAAGCAGAGAAGAAUGUCCAUUCUAGCUUCCUUUUAUGUAAUAAUAUUCACUAUAAUAAUAAAAGAAAACUUUGGACUCAAGGAAGUCUAGAGUAUUAGAGCA